AUGUGUGACAAUGAGAAAGACAAAAGUAUUUUUGUUCAGAAGUGUGCCCAGUGUUUCACUGUGGAACAGGGAGGCAAGUCAAUCUCUGGACCAAAUAUCCAUGGUCUCUUUGCGUGGAAGAAGGGUCAGGCCUCUGGACUCUCUGACAGAGAAACUAACAGAAGAAGGGCAUCACCUGGGGGAGAGGACAUGCUGACAGAGAAUCCCAAAAUCACAUCCCUAGAACAAAAAUGGUCUUUGAUGGGAUUAAGGAUGGAGAAAGGGCAUCUGACAGUCUACCUUGGAAAGGCUGCCAGUGAGUAA